CUUUCACCUCUCUCUCUCUCGCUGUACACGCGCAUAUAUAGAUAUAGACGCCCAUGUACUCGUGCCGCAGCCGCCGCUGUUGGCCGCGCGUGGAUAUAUCGUAGGACACUCGGUUGUAUACUCUCUAGUCGGCUCGUGCGUGCGGUUGGACAGCAGAGCAGAGAGUUCCGGAGGCGCGCGGGGCGACCUUGGUGCGGAAUCGCGAGGUGAAAAGUGACGCCGCCGUACGCCGCCGCCGCCGCCGCCGCCGCCGCCGCCGCCACCGCUAGCAGCGCUCGCAGGGAAAAGGGAAUAUCGAGCCGUCUCGGGACACACAAGCGUGUAUCCGUGCGUGAACACGAGAAGAGAGCGGCGUGACUGCGUCGGCAUCGCUCCACUCCGCAAGACAAGCUUCUCCCGAUUAUUAACGUUGCGAACUUAGCAUCUCUAUACACACAGCAGGCGACAUAGAGAAGAACCAAUAAUGGGGAAGCUAGCGAUAAGAGAAACAAUUGUUCGAUACUCCCACAAGCCCGAGAAGGAGGCGAAAACGAGUGCAGCGUAAAGACAUGGACUCGUACGACCUAUUCGGCGAAGAUGUCAGUGGAUCGAUGCUCGAUGCUCUUCCUGAUCUUGGGGGGAAUGAUCACUUUGACCCGACAAACCCAAGCAACUCCGUUGUAGGAUCGAGAGAUGCUCCGAAUCCUGGUGGCCCAAAUGGACCAGGGAGCAAUUACAUUAGCCAACCUUACGGCAUUACUCAAGAGUCGCCCUUGCAGAAAUUAACGUCUUUCGGUGGAUCUGAUUUUGGAGCCGCGAAUCCAUUGCAGAGCCCGGCGGCGGCAGCUGCAGCGGCAGCAGCGGCGGCAGCAGCCCAACAGCAGCAGCAGCAGCAGCAGCAGCGCAACAUGUUUAACCAGAAUUUGAGCAGCUUCGAGCCGGGUCCCGGGCCCGGACCCGGGGGCGGUACCGGUGUGCCCGGCGUACCCGGCGUACCCGGCGUACCCGGCGGUCCCGGCGGCGGUGGACCUGGCGGCGGUCCUCAGAGAGGCAGCGGAAUGCCUCCCGCCGGUUUUCCCGGGCAGUCCAGGGGUAUCGGCCCACCCCAGGGAGCCGGACCACAGCAGCGCGGCCCACCCCAGCCGCAGGCCCAGUACCCGGGCCACUACUCGGACAACAUGUACUCGAUGGAGCAGCAGCAUCCCAUGGCUAGAGCUGCCAACAUGCCCAUGGAGCCGAGCAUGCAACCCUGGCCUGGUCAGAGUAAUGCCUAUCCUCAGAUGCAGAGGCACUACAAUCACAUGAUACCACAGCCAGGGGGCUACCGACAGCACAUGCCCCAGUAUCCUCAUCAGCAGGAGCAGCCUGGUAUGAACCAGAAGCUCGCCCAGCAGCAGCAGCAACACUUUUCCUCUCAGCAGGGCAUGAUGAGUGGUAUGGGUGUGCCACAUCAGUCUAUGCAGCCUGCUACCUCUGGCAAUGCUUACCAGCAUAUGGUGGGGCAGCAGCAGCAACAGCAGCAGCAGCAUUAUCAGCAGGCCAGCAACACUGCGUCUAUGUAUAGCUCUUCGAGCUACCUGGGCUUUGGACCCUCGAUGCACCAGCAGCAGCAGCCACAACCACCUCAGCAACAAUCGCAGAGGAUGCCACCGCAUCACCAUCCGUCCCAUUCGACACAUCAGACUCAUCCCUCGCAUCAACAGUACCCACCUAUGGGUCAACAUGCCCAGCACACACAGCAUUCGCAGCAUGCACAGCAUUCACAACAUGCGCAACCACAUCCUGUGCCUCAACAGUCACAGCAGCCAAUAGAUCCGCAGUAUCCUCAUCACACUUCACAAAUGUUUAAUCAACCUCAACAUCCAGGGCCUACGCCACAAUACGGUCCUGCAAAACAUGCAACAAGCCCACAAUAUAGGGCAGCUUUCCCUCAACUAUCUCCACAAAUGUCUCCCAGACCUCAGAUGUCGCCGCGACCUCCCGCUGUACAACAACAAAUGUCUCCAAGGCCAAUAAUGUCCCCGGCCAAGCCAAGUACACUAUCGCCUCACCCUCACGUGCAGCAGAUGCCUCAUCAGCAGCAACAGCAAUCUCAACCAGUGUCCGUCUCUCCUUGUCCACCGACUUCAAUGCCGAUGAGCUCGGGUUCCUCGACACAACAAACGACACUACAAGCCCUCGAACAGAUGGUCAUACCAGGCGUCGCGAAUCCUAACACUCCAUCACAGGACUAUGGCCAGUACCAGUCUCGACCGCCACCAAUGUCUCAUGCGUCAAAUACGUUGCCGCAGCCACCUGCACAAAAUCCCAUGGGUUCAAUGGCGGGGGCGGGGCCGCGAAUGCCAAUGCCUACACAAUGGCCACCGACGCCACAUCAACCACAGCCUCAACCCCAACCUCAACUGCAACCGCCAAUACCCCAAGCAGCGCAAAUCAGGCCAACGAUGAGCUUGAAUGACGGUCGAAGCAUGCUGGACACGCAUCAGCAGCAGCAGCAGCAGCAACAACAACAACAACAACAGUCUUUACCACCUGCUGUAUCGGAACCAAGUAAUUCGCUUUAUCCCAUGAGUGGAAACGAAAACAUCCACAACGUAGUUGAGGCAACGAGAGAGCCCACCGAAAUCGUUCAACCUUCCGUGCACUCUCUGUCACAUCCGCCCUCGGUAUCGGAUACCGACAUUUCGGAUCAAUCGUUAGGACACCAACAGCAACAUCAUCACCAUCUUCAUCAGCAACAAAUGCAUCAACAACAACAACAGUUGCAACAGCAGCAGCAACAGAUGCAACAACAACUACUCCAUCAACCACAUCAACAGCAAUCAAGUCAAUCAAGUCAGUUACUGAACAAUCAAGAUUUAAUGACUCAUCAGCCAAGGAAGAGUCCACUACAUAGCAGUCCUCAAUUUAAUGCCUCCUCAGAAUCUUCUUCGAUCACUGGAGGUCACAUGGAGCCUGUGCAAUCUUUGCCUGCUUCUAGUACAAGCAAAAGUAUUGAAUGCGGUAAUGUGUCGCCAAUACUUCAACAACAGCAACAGUCCAUCGUUAAUUCGUUGUCAUUGCCAAGUUCCAUGACUAAUGUAGAGAGCAAAACGAUACCUGAUACACAAAACGUCGACCAGCCAACGGAAAUACAAUCUGCUCAACAACAGCAACAACAUCAACAACAGUUGCAACCUCAGCAGCAACGAUCGGUAUGUUCAUCUCCUCCGAACUCUCAACAACCAUCCAUUAGUCAAUCGCAAUCUCCGGUACCUCAAGCUAAUAUGGGACUAGGAAUACCCACGUCUCAAACAAGUCAAGCUCAAAUUGGUCAAAUUGCCCAGUCCUCUCAACAACCGGCAUCUUCAGCAGUUCCUACUGGAAUAAGUGAUCUUGAUCAAGUGCAAAAUAUUCCUUCACAGCAAUCCCAAUCAACAACGCAGGCCGCCCAAAUAACACAGCCCCAGACUGCGGCGCUGGAACAGUCUCCCACACAGGCUGUCUUGCCGUCACAAGCACAAAGUCAAUCUCAAACCUACACAUCGCAAACUCCGCAGGUAAACGUAUUAUCACAGAGUAAUACUACGGCCACUGCUCCAUUGCAACAGCAGCAGCAGCAAGUGCCCACUCAGCCACAGAUUCCCGAUCAAUCGACACAAAUUCAAUCUUCGAGUCAGGUUGCAAAUCCAAUAUCGCAGCCGGCUCAAGCGCAGGGUGGUCAAGUUCCAAAUCAAUCGUCACAAGUUGAAUCCUCGAAUGAAUUAUUGUCCAGUCAUACGAAUCAAUCGGCAAGUCAAUCGCCCCAGACUCAAAUUCCAGAUCAGUCGUCUCAAGCUCAGAAUCAGAUUGACCAAUCGCAAAAUCAGGUGUCGAGCCAAGUACCCAGUCAACCAGCUCAUACUCCAAGUCCGGCUAGUACUGUUGCAUCAACUGGAGUUGGCGAAGCGACGCCACCAGCUUCCCAGCAGCAACUGACGACGACUGCUCAAAGUAAUAUAUCGGCCACAACAAUUGCAAGUACGGAGUCGACUGUUUCGUCUGGGCAAACUAAUUUUGGAGAUUAUAACAAAACUAACAAUGUAUUUUCUGCCGAUACGAUCGCUGGAUCCCAGCAGCAGCAACAACAGACCCAAUUGUAUCCGCCAAGCGAUCCCAACGCUGUAAUUAACAGCACGGCCAUGACCAAUAUAAAUUACAUGUCACCGACUAGCACUCCGACGUCUAUUACGGCCGGAUUUCCAAAUCCACUUGCUCCAGUGACUCAUCAUCAAGAAAGGGCCGCUCUGCAGCAACAACUGCAGGAAUUGUAUUGCAUGCCGCCGACGCCGGAGAUUCAAGAAAAAAUCGUUAACUUGCAAGAAAAACUUCAAGCUCUUCAACAGCAUGAAACGACCGAACAGUGCAAUGGUGGAGCGCAGUGUAUUCUGCAAACUCCAUUAUUUACUUCGCCACCAGCAGUAGUAGACAGCCCGCAAGUAUCAAGCACAACUGGCAGAGGCCGAACCAAAGCUACAUCGAGAUCGAAAAAGAAUAGAAAGAAAGCUGACAAGGAAGCUGUCGCUCCAAUUGUCACGCAACCGUUGACACAGACUGAGCAACCCGUUUCUGACAACCUAGUCACUCCAGGAGAUAGCAGUAAUAUCGUGGACAGCGUGACAGAUUCUGCUGAUGACAUGAAACCCUCUUCUGGUGGUGAUGUGGAGGAAGAAUGGUCAACUAAAAGCAAAAAAUCAAGACCCCCAAGAAAACCACGAAAGCCAAAAGAACCGAAGGAACCUAAAGAAUCAAAAACCAAGAAGGAGAAAGAGACAAAAGCUAAGGAGCCUAAAACUUCUAAAGAGGUCAAAAGCAAGAAGAAGAAGGACAGCAAAGAAACGACACCCAAGCGCAAUAGAAAAAAAGCCAAAUCGGAAUCUGGAGACGAUGACUCCAAGUGUGAAAAUGAAGAUCUUGCAGUAUCUGAUUCAACUGCUAUCAAAGAUUCAGAAAAAAAUUCGAGUAACUUGUCGCUAGAUGAAGACAAUGAACAAGUAGAUUCAUCAACUACAGAACCAUUAGUAACAGAAACUAAAGAUGAAUCUAACGAGAAAUCGGAAUCUGAAAAAACUACUGACGAUGGCGAAAAGAAAGAGACACAAGAUGAGCAAGUAACGGAUACUCCUACACCCGCUAAGAAAAAAACUCCUAGUCGGAAAAGGCCUAGCAAAAGUUCUUCCUCUAAAUCUUCAAGAAGUCCGAAAAAACGCAAGAGUCGCAUUGCACCUGAUUCGGAUGGCGAAGAAUUAGCUGCGACACCACCGCCGUCACCGGAAGCUGACGACAAUAAAAGACGUUCGGCAAGAAACACUCACCGAAAAAAAUACGUUGAUGAUGUUAUGCUUCGCUUUUCUGAUGAUGAAUUGCCCAAUCAAGACUCUCAAGGCAAAAAGACGGAUGGCAGUAACGCAACAAAACCAAUGUCUGAUAAAAAGCCCACUGAAGGAGGUGAUAUAGGGCCAAACAAACCAAAUUUUGUAUACAUUAAUACUACUGAUGAAGAUUCAAUGGUCGUUCAACAUAUUUUGUGCUCGCGAAUGGGAAAGCGAGAAGUCAAGCCAGAACCUCCAGUGUCAGAAGUAAAAACAGAAAAAUCUGAAGAUGAUGCUGCAAAGGAGAAUGCAGAAAAGAAAGAUGAGUUGGAUAAAUCAAAAGAAGAAUCUGCGUCUGAUACAGGAAAAGAAAGCGCUAAUAAAGAAAAAUCUGAAAACAUCGAUUCCGAGAAAGAAGCUGUGAAAGCUGACGACGAUGUUGUAGCAAAAGAUGACGACAAAGAAGAGAAUGCAGAUGCAGUUGAAACAACAGAAAAACAUCAGAGUAAUAUAGAAAAUGAAAUGAGUGCUAAAAAAGAGGACCUGAAAGAAGAAGCAAAGACGGAUGACAUGAGUACUGAGAUAAAAUCAGAAACAGAUGAGAAUAAAACCGAGAAAUCUACAAGUGAUGAAAAGAACGAGGAAAAUGAUACUGAUGAAACUAAUAAGAGUUUACUUCCCAAAGUAGAAUCGACUAUUGCAUCUGAUGGAAAACCACAAAUGGUUGAAGUUGAAGAGUACCUUGUCAAGUAUAGAAAUUUUUCUUAUUUGCAUUGUGAGUGGAGGACAGAAGAAGAAUUGUAUAAAGGUGACAAACGUAUACAAGCUAAACUAAAGAGGUUUAAACAGAAAAUGCAGCAAAGUACAAAUAUAUUUGAAAACACUGAAGAUGAUCCGUUUAAUCCUGACUUUGUAGAGGUUGAUAGAGUUCUAGAUGAAGCUAUACACACCGACCCAACUACUGGAGAAACUGUCAGGCACUUCUUAGUAAAAUGGAGAUCUCUUCAAUAUGAAGAUUCAACUUGGGAAUUGGAAGAGGAUGUUGAUCCGGAAAAAAUUGAGCAAUUCCAUAAAUUUAAUAAGCUACCCCCGAAAGAUCAAUGGAAGCCCAAGAAAAAACCAAUGCCAUCCCAGUGGGUGAAAUUGGACGAAUCUCCAGUUUAUAAAGCUGGAAACAGUUUGAGACCAUACCAAUUGGAAGGAUUAAAUUGGCUUUUAUUUUCGUGGUAUAAUAACCACAAUUGCAUUUUAGCAGAUGAAAUGGGUCUAGGCAAGACGAUUCAAUCUUUGACAUUUGUAAAUGAGGUAUACAAGUAUGGUAUUCGAGGACCAUUUCUUAUAAUUGCUCCUCUCUCAACCAUUCCUAAUUGGCAACGAGAAUUUGAAGGGUGGACUGACAUGAAUGUAAUCGUUUAUCACGGAUCAGCUGCAAGUCGGAACAUGAUAUCUGAUUAUGAAGUGUACUACAAAAAUGACAAGGGUCAACAGAUAAAAGAUCUUAUCAAAUUUAAUGUUCUUAUAACGACUUUUGAGAUUAUUAUUACUGAUUUCAACGAACUUAAAGGAUAUAACUGGAGACUAUGCGUCAUAGAUGAAGCUCAUAGGCUGAAAAAUAGAAAUUGCAAAUUACUUGAGGGUCUUAGGCAAUUAAAUUUAGAACAUCGAGUCCUUCUGUCUGGAACACCAUUGCAAAAUAACGUGAAUGAAUUGUUUUCGUUGCUCAACUUCCUUGAACCAAAUCAGUUUUCUAGUAGCGAAGCUUUCUUAAAAGAAUUUGGUAAUUUGAGCAGUGAAGAUGAAGUGCAUAAAUUACAAGUUCUUUUGAAGCCAAUGAUGCUACGUAGGCUAAAGGAAGAUGUCGAAAAAUCACUUGCUCCAAAACAAGAAACUGUCGUUGAAGUUGAACUAACCAAUAUACAGAAAAAAUAUUAUCGAGGCAUACUUGAGAGAAAUUUCUCGUUUCUUGCGAAGGGAACCACUUCAGCUAAUAUUCCAAACUUGAUGAACACCAUGAUGGAGCUGCGAAAAUGUUGCAUUCAUCCUUUUCUACUUAAUGGAGCAGAAGAUCAAAUUCAACUUGACUAUAAACAUGAAAAGGAAGAUUCUGAAUCUUAUUACCAAGCUUUAAUUAAUAGUUCUGGUAAAAUGGUACUUAUUGACAAACUAUUACCAAAACUGAAAGCUAGUGGUCAUCGUGUUCUGGUAUUCAGUCAAAUGGUCAAAUGCUUGGAUCUGCUAGAAGACUAUUUAGUUUACAAAAAGUAUCCAUAUGAACGAAUAGAUGGAAGAAUUCGUGGAAAUUUGAGACAAGCUGCUAUAGAUCGUUAUAGCAAACCAGAUUCUGAUCGAUUUGUCUUUCUCUUGUGUACCAAAGCAGGUGGUUUGGGAAUUAAUCUUACAGCUGCCGAUACCGUCAUUAUUUAUGACAGUGACUGGAAUCCUCAAAAUGAUUUGCAGGCGCAAGCUCGGUGUCAUAGGAUAGGGCAACAAAAGAUGGUAAAAGUAUACAGGUUGUUAUGCCGUAACACGUACGAACGGGAAAUGUUUGACAAAGCAUCUCUGAAACUUGGAUUGGAUAAAGCCAUUUUACAAUCUAUGAAUACGAGUCAAGGAGGUAAAGAUCCGAGUAAUAAGGCAUUAACUAAAAAAGAAAUUGAAGAUUUGCUGAAAAAAGGAGCUUACGGUGCGAUUAUGGACGAUGAUAAUGCUGGUGACAAAUUUUGCGAGGAAGAUAUUGAUUUGAUUUUAGCGAGAAGAACGCAGAUAAUCACAAUCGAAGCGGAAAAAGGAUCGACUUUCUCAAAAGCUAGCUUUGCAUGCUCAUCAAACAGAUCAGAUAUUAAUAUAGAUGAUCCUGACUUUUGGAAAAAAUGGGCCAAGAAAGCUGAGAUAGACACAACUGAAAGGAAAGAGGAAGAAGAUUUGGUAAUUUCUGAACCUAGACGGAGAACACAAAUAAAACGAUAUGGACAUGAUGAAUCCGUAGUUGAUAUGUCGGAGCUUGAUAGUUCGGCCGAUGAUAGCGAUGAUGAAACUACCGGUGGCGGUUUAACAGGUAGAGGCAAAAAGCGAAGUAAAGACAAAUUCAAUAAGAAAACGCGCAAGUUUUAUGAUGAAUACGUACCUCGCGAAGGCGAAGUGGUCUAUGGUAAUUGGGCUCGCAGCGAAUGCUUUAAAGUGGAACGAGGACUUUUGACUUUUGGCUGGGGUCGUUGGGAAGAAAUUCUAAAACACAGUCAAUUAAGACGAGGAUGGCGUGAAUCUGACCUUGAAGAUUGCGCUCGAGUCAUACUGCUAUAUUGUCUACGUUACUACCGAGGAGAUGAAAAAAUACGAAAUUUCAUAUGGGAUCUUAUAACUCCUCUCGAAAAUGGAGAAAAAGUUAAAACCAUACCUAUGAAUCAACAAGCAACAGCAGGAAACAGUAAUCGAAAUAGUAGACAGCAACAGAAGAAAAAGAGUAGCAGAGUUCGAGAAACGAGAGGUUCAUCUAUGGUUAAUAAUAACGGUCCAAGCGAUCCAAAUCAUUGGAGUCACGCUGAGAAAUAUGAUGGGGAUAUCUUUUUAGAGAGUAAUUAUAAAAAGCACUUGGGUCGCCAUGCAAAUAAGGUACUACUUCGAGUUAGAAUGCUUUACUACAUCAAGCAUGAAAUCAUAGGAGAUCUGGUACAACAUAUCAACGACGGUGUUCACGUCAGUGCGUUGCCGAUAAACCUUCCACAAUUGCCAGAGAAGCCAGUCAAGUGGUGGGAUUCUACAUGUGACAAAUCGUUAGUCGUGGGCUGCUACAAGCACGGCUAUGAGAGUUUCGACCAGAUGAGAAGCGAUCCCUCGCUUACUUUCAUUACGUGCUGUCCUCUCCCUUCCCCGAGCGAGAAACCAAAGGAUGAUUUGACUAUGGAUAUAAGUGAACUUGAAGAAGGAGAAUCCUCGGGAAUGGGCAAAGAUCCCGAUAAAUUUUCAAUGGUUGAUUCACCGUGUGUAUCGAACAAGGGAGAAAAUUCCAAUGCAGAUGCUGGGGCUGCAGGUACUAGUCACGAUGGUUUGGAAAUCAUUGCUGACGACGAAAAGACCUGGCCUUCUGUGGUUGACCUUAAUACACGUCUCAGACGUGUUAUUACAUCCUAUCAGCGAAACAUUAAUAAGAAGGAUGACGUGAAAACAUCGAUUUUGUCCAACAAUGGUAAACUUUCCCAAGACAUGAAACUUGGAAAUCAUCAAGGUACCACUAAUAUGGAACCGCCUUUGAAUAUGCAAAACUGGGAUUUACAAAAAUUGGCCAUGUAUCUACUGAAAAUGGAAAGAAAAGAGAAAAUGGAGCAAAUGGUAAAAGAACGCGAAAGAACGCGCAUUGAAGAGCAAAAGGCCAAGUGGACGAAACGAGAGGAGAGCGAAUUCCUACGAGUUGUGUCCACUUAUGGAGUAAAUUACGAUAGAAAGAAGGCCCAAUAUGACUGGACGAAAUUCAAGAGCUUAGCCAGAUUUGACAAGAAAAAUGAUGCUGAUCUUACGGAAUACUACAUGUCCUUCAGAGCAAUGUGUAAGAAAGCAUGUAGUGCUAAAGUAAACGAUGAUGAUGGUUCGAUGGAUAUUCCAAUAGACGCGCUGAAUCCUAAUAAAGCUAGACAAAUUCUAGAUCGUGUAGAUUUGUUGAGCAAAAUCAGAGAGGAAAUAUUGUCUCAUCCUCACUUGGAGGAACGUCUUUGCUUGUGUCAACCAUCGGGAGAUACUCCUGAUUGGUGGCAACCAGGUAGACAUGACAAAGAGCUUUUACUUGGAGCUGCAAAACAUGGACUCGGACGAACUGAUAUUACAAUUUUGAACGAUCCCGAUUUUUCAUUUUAUAAGAUGCUAGGAAAAAGUUUAAAUCGAGAUAACCAAGUUAAUAAGUCCGAUAAGUCUGAAAGAGCGAUUAAAAUUGAAAACAGGGAAGACAUUUUGAAAUUUGAUAAAGACGAAAUACUAGUUAAACUAGAAAAAGGCGAAGGUACGCUUAAAAUUGAAAAAGUGGGUAUCAAGAAAGAUACAACUGAUAAAAAAUCUGAUGUUGGUAAAAGUCAUGUAGAAUUAACUAUCAUCAAAUCUGAAAAUAAAGUUGAAGAAAAGCAGAUAACUUCUGGAGGUUUAACUAUAACGACAGUUAUGAAGCCUGUAACUGCUGAAAAAGAAGCAGAGCCCGCUAAAAUGGAGGUUGAUGAACAACCAAAGGCUUCCGAAACAGAAGUAGAUCAAACAACAAGCGAAAAGAAUGUUAAUGAAGAAUCUGUUACAAAGGACGAGUCGGAAGCAAGCACUGACAAUAAAGCAUCUACGACAGAUGAAGACAAAGUGGAAAAGAUUGAAACUGACGAAGUCGAAAAGAAAAAUGAUGACCAAGUCAAAGUAAGUGAUAAGCCAGACGCAGUCGAUGACAAAGUUGACAAUCCAAGUGAGAAUGCAAACGAAGACGAGGUAGAAAAAGAUGCGGAAAAGGCAGAAACUAUUGAUAAAACUGACGACAAAGAGUCCGUUAUAGUGGAAACAGAAGAAAGUAAGAAUGAAGAGUUGGAAAAGACUUCAGUUCCUGAUAAAACAAGUUCAGAUGAUAGAGACAAGGAAAAUGAUGAUAAAUCUAAAUUCGAAAUCUCAAAAGAAGAUGAAAAAAUUGCGGACGCUACUCUUGAUGGUGAAACUAUUGACGAUGAUAAAACUGACGAUAUCAAAGAAGAAAAAACUCUUGAAGAGGAUAAAACAGAGCCAGAAAAGGUGGUAGAAGAAAAGUCAGAAAAAGAUUCAGAUAAGCCAGAGGAAAAAGAAAAGGAAAAGGAAAGGGAAAAGGGAAAGGAAAAAGAAAAGGAAAAAGAUACACAAGUUGAAAAAGACUCAGAAAUAGAAAAGGAAACAGAAAAUGAAAAGGAGCAAGAAAAGGAAAAAGAAAAAGAUUCAGAAAGUCAAACAGUAAAAGUAGUCGAGACAAAUCAAGAGAAGCCAACGGUACCUAAACUUGAGGACAAGUGUAGCAUGAAAGCAGCUGAAUUAAAGGCGAUGUUCCCAGAUUUAGAAGUAAUUCAACCAUUAUCACGCUUGACACAAAUCGAUACGUUCGUCCUGAGAGAUAAAGGAAUAGAUUACAAUGAGCCUACAGUGGCGCAAUUGUUGUCGCACAGCUUCCAAUCUUCAAUCAAGUGGCCAAAGGAACAUGCGAUCGAAGCUCGUUUGAUGCACAUCGUUCAUGCUAUUGAGCAUAAAGAAUGGCCAGUAUCAGUAAACUUUACGGCUGGAGAUGAGAUAGAAACAAUUGAUAAAGAGCCAACUGAAAUUAUAACCAUUACUACAGAUCAUGGAAUACCGCGUUCCAUGUCUACGAGUCUAAGCAGUAACAGUGCUAAUAUUAAUCUGAGCAACAUCAUCAGUGGUGCAAGUGGUUCGUCUUCAUCAACUAGUAAUAUUAAUAUUGGUAGUAUGAGCAAUAGCAAUAAUAAUUCAUCUGCCUUGAGGAAACGCAAGAGGCAUAUUGCCAUUGAUGUGGAGACCGAACGAGCUAAGCUCCAUGCACUACUGAAUAGUACGCACAUGGCAUCUCAGCCACCGCCGCAAUUGGGUAAGCCGGCUUUAUCAAGCAGCUCUGCAUGGGAUAUAAAUGAAGAUUUACCAUCUGAUGAAUCUAGACGAUCGGCAUCAUCACAACCACCACCAGCUCAUCAGCAAGCAAGAGCGCCCGCUAUACCUUUUGAUCUCAAGUAUACAAUACCUGGAAAACCAACUAUCAUUCCUGGAACCUCGAGUACUUUGACUCCCAUUGAUUUAUCAUCUGGGUAUACUUCCAAGACCACAUCCGAUACCAGCAACAAAGACAUGAUGAAUGAAGUACAAGAUUUUUCAAUGCCUAGUAAAUCCAAACAACUUAACAGUAAUAAAGGAAAAUUGGAUAGCAUGUUGGACAAGUUCGUGAAAAGAAAAAAUAUCUCUGUGGAAGAGCCAGUCAUAGGAAAAGAGAAAAAGCGAAGAAAACUUGACGAGAUUGUUCAGGGCUUACAAAGAGAAAAAGAACAACAAAGCACUCACUACCCUGAGCAUGGUAAAAAAGGAACCACAAUCACACCCAACGUAACGGUAACUCCAACUUCUGCACCAAUUGGCCUCCCAAACCCUCCUCCUACUUCGCAGAAGCCAUUCUCUAUUACUGUAACAUCGAUUCCAUCUUCAAGAGCUUCUGGCAAUUCUUCCUCAAAUCAGCAGCUGCCACCUCCAUCUCUACAUUCGCACAAAGACAGCUUUUCAGUUUUACUUGCUCAAGCUGAACAACAAAAUCGGGAACUUGUCAAAAAACAGCAACAGCAACAGCAACAACAACAGCAGCAGCACCAACAUCAGCAACAACAACAACACCAUCACCACCAGCAGCAACAGCAGCAACAACAGCAGCAACAAGCGGCAUUUAAUGCAGCGCACUCUUCAUCAAGUAGUCAUAGAAAGAGUUACGAAUCGAUGUUUGCUGAAAUAAACAAAGUCGCCGAGUAUUCUUCAAAGAUCGGUGCUUAUUCACACGAAGCUAAAGUAAAUAAAUGGCUGGCUGAACAGACAGCUCUUACGGAACAACUAAGUGCUGAGUAUCUGAAUGCUCCAAGAAGGAGGAGACCAAGGGUCGAUCCAUCUUUACUGGAUUGGAAAAAACUUACCGGAGAAGAAAAUGUGGCUGUGAUCAACAGGAUUACUGGUAAAAAGGUAACUGGAAGUAAAGCUCCGCAGUUGAAACGACUUGGACAAUGGUUGAUGGAAAAUCCAAUGUUUGACGUCGAUCCAAAGUGGGCAGAACUCGUAAAGGAACGCGGUAAUUUACCGCACGACUUGCAAAAGCGAUUGCCGGGACAAGAAAGAGGCCGUGGUGGCGACAAGGGCAAGAGCCCUGGAAGACCGCCGAUGAUGCCAAGUCCCAACAGUCAACAAUCAGUGAAUCAAGCGAAUCUCGUGGCCACGUCAAUGGCCUCUGGUCUUAAUUUCCCCGGACUAGGCAAUCUCAACAACUCUUUACUCUCGGGAUUGUCGCUCGGAAACUUCGACCCGAAGAACAAUCCACUCUUGAUGCCGUUCGGAGGAUUGCCAAAUCUUGGUGCGCUCGGUGGUCUGGGAAAUCUCGGCAAUCUUGGCAAUCUUGGUAACAUGGGUCUCACCAACUCAUUGUUCGCCAACCUUGCGGGACUCGGUCUGCCAUCGCUUGCUGGCAUGGAGGCUCUAGGUGCAUCGGCCGCAGCAACCUCGGCAACCUCAGCUAGCUCAGCUACUACAAGUGGCCAGGCCGAGACGCACGUCGUUAGCUCCGCAGGUACCCGGAGUAGCAACUCGACAAGCACCAGCAGUACAAGCAAAUCGCGCACAAAAAUGGAGCCGCCGCAGUCGAGCAAUGCCAAAUCCUCGGCUCCGGCUACUUCGACCUCUUCAUCCUUGUCGACAAGCUCGCCGUUUCCCUUCUUUUUCCCGAACCCGGGCCUGCUCUACACGCCCCUCGGGCUAGGCGGCCUAAAUCCUUUCUCCAUGCAACCCGGCAGCGUUUCCUCGGCGUAUGAAAGUCUCGCCCAAUGCGGCCUAUUAAAUCCGCCAAGCUCAGCCGCUGCUGCCGCAGCCGCCGCAGCAGCAGCCGCGGGCUCUGGCUCCGCACGCAAGUCGUCUUCAAGUUCGAGUUCGCGGCACGCUAGGGACGUCGCAGAUGCUCUUAAGCGUGCAGCCAAGGACUCCGACAAGAAAUCUCGCUACGCGUUAGAUCCUGCCGCACUCAGCUUGCAGCAGUACACAGAUGCAGCCCUGCAUGCAGCUGUUGCAGCUGCCGCCGCCGCGACUGCUGGCUCAUCGGACGAUCGUCGUCGCACCACCGAGAAGAAAUUGCACUCGUCACAACAACCACAAACCGAGACAAUUGAGCUAUCCGAUAUCGCCGACCUAUCGGCGCGCAUCGAGCGCAAAACCAAGGAGCAAGAAAUGAAAGAGGCCCUUGAGCAGCUGAGCAAGACCAGCGCCGAACUCUUUACUAGGAACUACGAGCAGCAGAUAUCGCAAAGCAAGCGGUUGCGCAGCCCCGAGAGGCAGGUGCCGCCUUCGCUCGAGGUUACCCUUGAGCCAAUCGUCAAGAAGUCGCGACAAGACUUGACAAAGCAGCAAGAUUCUGCGUCGCUGCCUCCACCUCUGACUCGACCUCCUUCACGGCCGUCAGCCCCAACGAGCUACCGAUCCUCUCGAUCUCCAACGCCGAAAAUCGAUCACAUCUCUGAGUUGACGGAGGUUGCUGCGUCCCGACCGAGCCCCUCCUCGACUCCGACUCCAAUACCGCUAUCGCCAUCCUUGACGAUAACGCCAACGACGGUGGCCGCAACGACGGCUACAACAGCAGCAGCUAGUGCCUCGUCGAGCCAAGCAACUUUGUCGGUUUUAGAACCGAGCUCAAUGAAAGCGUUGAGUCCUGAGCCUACUGCCUCGCUCAAUACGUCGAACAACAGCAUUCACAGUGGCAGCAGCAAGGACUUAAACGAGUCCGGUUCGUCUCAGCCAGCAGCCGCAGAAGAGUCUCACUCAUCGCCCACGCAAGGAGCUAAUUCCAAGUUUGCCGAGGGUGCCGCCAAAGCUCCCAGCAGUACCGAUGCCGAAUCUGACGAUAGCAAAGCCUGCAGUAAAAGUAAAAAGGCAAGGGGCGCUAAGCGCCUGAAUCCCGAGCCGCCGGUUGAAAGGAAAAAUUUGCGCUCCAGUGCUGGUAGACAAGCUAGAGCAGCAGCGGAAAGACAGGCCCGUAGCCUAAUCGAGGGAGAACAGCAGCAGCAGACUGAACAGCAGGAAGCGAGCGAUUAAUUUGCUGCGACCAAUUGCGCAUCGAGUGCUCCAAUCGGAACUUUUUAGUCUGAUUCAUAUUACGAUUAGUACUAGCUUUUUAACAGUGAUCCACCGAAAUGGAAAAUAGACUUUUAUCAAAAAAAAAAUAACGCGCGCGUACAAGUGAUUCUUGAUCUUUGCUAAGAAAAACUUCAAAUAACAUAGUGAAAUGAAUAUUUAAAUAAUUAAAAAUAAAUAAAAUAAAUGAGCGUGAUUAACAGGACACAGAGUGAAACAAACGCGUGAUAUCCACAGACAAGGGCAGGCAAUAUUAAUUUGUGAUGUAAUCCUUCAUGUGGUAAUUAAUUCUUUAUUACAUAACGUCACAAUGACGAAAUAUAAUUUUGUUAAAUUUACUAUCCUUUUUCGAUCAUAUUGGUUUUCACCAGGGACUGUUUUGUAUAACUGCUGCUAUAUACAUCAACUACCUUACGCAUAAUAAUGUAUAAUCAUAGUAUGAAACACGUAAAUUAGUAAUAACCUGUUAAACGAAACUGUAAAUACUAUACAAUUCGCCUAGAUAUUAUUGUAAGAAAAAAAAAACGUGUACUUGGAAAAGUGUAUAUAAUGCAGUGUACUUUGAAUUAAAUAUUAGGUGAAAUAAUAAAUGGCUUCUUUUGUUGUUUGCAA